UGACUAACUACACCUUAGCCUAGAAUUAGAUCCACCAUCACUAUACGAAGUACGAACGAAUUCGUGUUCCCCAGGGCUAUGUCAUCCACUCCUCAAUGUGUCGCAGAAAGAGUCCGUCCCAAACCCAACCUCCCAUGGAAGACGAAGCUCCUUCUUAAAGCAAUGUCCUGGAUCGUCCAACCUUCUCUCCGACCCAACAUGACCGUCAACCGACGCCUCCUCAACUUCCUCGAUCUCAAAGCCCCUCACUCUCCCAAUCCCCACCCCCGGUCUGAUGGUAUUGCCUCCUCCGAUAAAAUCGUUGACCCUUAUCGAAACCUCUGGUUCCGCCUCUUCAACCCAAUCCACCCUACCACUGUUGGCAACGAGGUCGUAAGCAUGCCCGUCAUCGUUUUUUACCACGGCGGCGGCUUCAUCCUAGGCCACGCUAACUCGAUGGCGAUGGACAUCAUGGCACGCCGACUCGCCCGUGAACUCCAUGCCAUCGUUCUCUCCGUUGACUACCGCCUCGCGCCGGAGCAUAGGUUUCCGUGCCAGUACGAAGACGGGUUCGACGCGUUGAGAUUCAUCGACGAAAUGGACAGCCGCGAUCUACCUGCCAGCGCUGAUCUUGGACGUUGUUUCCUUGCCGGAGAGAGUGCUGGAGGGAAUCUGGCCCACCACGUGGCGGUCAGGGCUGGCGAGUACGACUUCAAGCGGGUGAAUCUCCUCGGGCUCAUAGCCAUACAACCAUUUUUUGGAGGGGAAGAGCGGGUGGAAUCGGAGAUGGAAUUUUGCCAGGGUCCGGUUCUGUCAUUGGAAUUGACGGACUGGUUUUGGAAGGCCUUUUUGCCUGAAGGGUCAGACAGGGACCAUCCAGCAGCGAAUGUAUUCGGGCCGAAUAAGGUUGACAUCUCUGGGCUGAGGUUCCCUCCCACGCUUCUUUUCAUUGGAGGAUGCGAUCCGUUGAGGGACUGGGAGAUUAGGUACUAUGAGGGGCUAAAGAAAUCCGAGAAACAAGUCUACUUAGUGGAUUAUCCGAAUGCCGUCCAUGGAUUUGCAGGCUUCACCGAUACGCCCGAAUCAUCUUUAUUUUUAUCAGAAGUAAAGGAUUUCAUGCAAAAACAAAUGGCCAAAUUGACGAGGUGACUCACGAAACUGCACCUUCAUAAUUUGCAAGUCAUAUGUAUGGUUGUGUAAUAAUUUUCCGGAUUGUGUAGCCCAGCAGUAUUGUGAAUUACUUGUUAAGAUAUGUCUGAUACUAUUGAAUCCUAACGUCAGAUAAUGACGAUUAUGAUAUUUGGAAGGA